AGGGUUGGAAAAAAUCGCUGAAGAGUUGAUGGGCCGAAGGAAAUGGAAACUAUACCAAGAAUCCAUGUCAAGAAAUUAUUUACAACCGUUGAACAACAAUAUAAAAAGAACAAACUUGUCAGAAGACGAAGAAGAGUACCAGAAGGAAGUCAAAACGCAAAGUGCGGUUUUGGAUACGGAAAAGGAAGACGAGUCGUCCACGACAGUAAAACAGGAGACGAACGGCGGCGGCGAGGACGAAGGCGACAACGGCAGCUCGCCAGCGGCAGAGGCGGCGGCGUCGGAAACAAAAGAAGAGCAGUGUCAGAAGGAAAACGAAAACGAGGCGGCCUUGGAACGGCUCCAAGACUGGACGCCGGAGACCAAGUGCUAUUUCUGUGUGGACGGCAAGCUGGAUAGUGAGCAUACUGCACACGGGGUUUUGGUAAGCAUUGUUUCUAUGACCGAGAUGUAGAGCAAGG